CACACACGAGCUCGAGACCACGUAAUAGGCGAGCGCGAGAUCCCGUAGUACGCGAGCGAUUGAUCCUCCAUCGGACCCUCUGUUCGAUCAGAUCAACGUCGACCGAUGGCGCACGGGCAGGAGUCGUCCACUCAGGCCGCCGCCAGCGGACCUGCGCAGUGCACGACCGGCUGCGGGUUCUUCGGCAGCCCGGCGACCAAGAAUAUGUGCUCCCAGUGCUACCUCGUCCACCUCAAGACCGUCAAAGCGACAGCAGCCCCCGUCGUCGAUGAGAAGAUCAAGGCCACCGUAGCGGCAGCAGCCCCCGUCGUCGAGGGGAAGAUCAAGGCCACCGAAGUGGCAGCAGCCACGGUCGUCGAGGGGAAGAUCAAUGCCAACGAGGUCACCCUCGCGUUAAAGACGCCGGCUAACGUGCAUGGCUCUGCUGCCGCCGAGGCUCCGGCGGCCGAGGCGCCGGCGAAGAAGGCGGCGCCAACCAGGUGUAUGUCAUGCAAUAAGAAGGUCCGGCUGCUGGGGUUCGCCUGCCGCUGCGGUGGCACGUUCUGCUCGAUGCACCGCUACGCGGACGGGCAUGCGUGCAGCUUCGACUACAAGAAGGCCGACAGGGAGAAGAUCGCCCAGCAGAACCCUCUGGUUGUGGCGUCCAAGCUCGACAAGAUUUGAAGGCAGAGGGAGCUGGAAAACAGAUGCAGGGUUUUAGUUUGCUCGAUCGUUGUCUUUUCUAGUAUCAGUCUCGUUUUAGAUCUUUCAAGAACUAGCUCGUCAGGUCGAUCGAAUAGUCGAUGUUGAUAUUUUCUCUUUUGUAAAUAAUCGAUUAGUUAUCUCUGUUUCCCGAUGAA